AUGCCUCUCACGUACACUGCCAUCAGUCUGGCAGUGUUUUGGAUAUUCCAGGGCGUUCGAGCUGGCUUGAGCUUGACCGGAGAGUCUAACGUCAUUCAACUAGCAUUCUUGACCGUAAUUAAUGGCGAGGGCGGUGCCCCCGAGGUCAACUUUGCUAAUUCUGGCAAUACCUGCACGGUCUUCGACGGAACUGCUCUUCUCGACUUCCCUACUAUUGGGAAGGACAUCGUGACAUGCCAAGGCCUUGGGAAAACUAUUCUUCUGUCGAUCGGCGGGGCUACCUACUCUGAGGGAGGAUUCAGUAGCGCCGAUGCUGCUGUUGCUGGAGCUCAGCUAGUCUGGGAGACAUUCGGACCAGUUUCAUCAGAUUCCUCCGUCAAUCGUCCCUUUGGCGACGCCAUUGUUGAUGGCUUCGACUUUGACUUCGAGUCUACAGUCGAGAAUAUGCCCGCCUUUGCGAACGAGCUGCGUACUCUGUUUGCUCAAGACACCUCCAAGACGUACUACCUGACUGCUGCACCUCAGUGUCCCUACCCUGACGCAGCCGACAGCCCCAUGCUUGACGGAAGUGUGUAUUUCGACGCUAUCUGGGUACAAUUUUACAACAACUACUGUGGUAUCAAUACUUUUGUGGCUGGCUCCACGACGCAGGUUGACUUCAACUUCGAGACCUGGAAUACUUGGGCCACAACUGUCUCUCUCAACCCUGAUGUCAAGGUCUUCCUUGGCAUUCCCGGUGGUACUACCGCAGCAGGGACGGGAUACGAGUCCGCAUCGGCCAUUGCUUCAAUCGUCGACUACAUAAAGGAUCAGGAAUACAGCAGCUUUGGUGGUGUGAUGUUGUGGGACGCCAGUCAAGUUUAUGCCAAUGAUGGUUUCCUUUCUGGCAUCGCUUCUGCUCUGGGAUCUUCUUUAUCUACUAGCAUCAGCAGCACUAAGACCACUGUUUCUACCUCGAAAACCACCGCCAUCUCGAUAACGACGCAUGCUGCAACCACCACUAGCACUAGCACUGUCCAACUGACUACUUUGCACUCAACGACCACGACCGCCAAGGCCCCGACUACACUUAUCACGCUGACCAAGACCACCACCAGCAGCAAGACGGAACCAACAACAACAACUUUGCACCCUGUCAUUACUGAUAUCAAGAAGGUUGUUGCGACCUCCUCGUCUACCACUAGAACGAGCUCCACCACUACCACCUCAUUGACAUCAGCUCUCUCAUCUUCCAGCACCUGUCCAGUCUUGGGAGAAUCUUGCUCGGCCUCUGGUACAUACCAGUGCAAUGGCAGUUCAUUUGGGCUCUGCGACAACGGCAAAUGGGCUAUUCAGAAAUGCGCUUCUGGUCUGGUCUGUGUGCAGGAUGGCUCGUCUAUCUACUGUGAUUUCAAGAAAGAUCACCCUGAUACCACUUGCAGUUAA